AUGCGAUUCGGGAAAACACUACGCAAUGCGGUGUACCCUCCCUGGAAAGGGAAGUACAUCGACUAUACCAAGCUCAAGGCGCUCUUGCGGGAGCAUGAUGUCACCGGAGAGGACGCCAGUGACUCGGAGGACAGCCAGUGGACGGAGCAGGACGAGGAGAAGUUCGUACAGGAAUUGAUCAAUGUGCAGCUGGACAAGGUCAAUGCCUUUCAAUCCGAGAUGUCGAAGCAGCUCCGGGAAGCCACCUCCGCCUGCGAGCUCAAGCUGCGACCGUUGGCUCCCGAUGCGGAACAAGAGGGCCUCGACGAGCAAAAGAAGAGGACCAUUGCCUCUGAAGUUCUGCAUGAGCUGGACAAUAUCACAAAAGAAGUCAACGAGCUAGAGAAGUACAGUCGCAUCAAUUUCACCGGCUUUCUCAAAGCGGCCAAGAAGCAUGACCGCAAGCGCGGGGCUCGAUACCGCGUGAAGCCCUUGCUUCAAGUGCGUCUGUCGCAACUGCCAUUCAACUCGGAGGACUACUCGCCGCUUCUGCACCGACUGUCGGUAAUGUACUCCUUUGUGCGCGAGACCCUGAGCCAGGCUCCCGUUCAGCGGGAUCUUGCAGACCGUGUCUUCGGCCAAGACUCCUACUCGUCCCACAAAUUCUGGGUCCACGAAGACAACAUUUUGGAGGUGAAGACAUACAUUCUCCGUCAACUCCCCGUCCUAAUCUACAACCCCGGGACGUCCAAAGAUCUGGACACCUUUGCUGAAGACCCAACCAUCACCUCGCUUUACUUCGACAAUCCUCAUUUCGACCUCUACAAUCAAAAGGUGGAUCGUGCGCCCGAAGCAGGGUCUUUAAGAUUACGCUGGACUGGUCAGCUAAAAGACAAGCCUUCCAUUUUCCUGGAGAAGAAGAUCGUCACCGACGACGAUGCCAGCCGGGAGGUGAAGGUCCAGCUGAAGGAAAAACAUGUCAAGGAAUUCCUGGAAGGCAAAUAUCGAUUUGACAAGAAGGUUCAUCGGAUGGAGGACAUGGGAAAUGGCGAAUCAGCCCAGGCCGAGGACUUGAAGAGCAAUGUGGAGGAGCUGCAGUCGUUUAUCAAGGAAAAUGAUCUGCAGCCUAUGCUCCGGGCCAACUACAAGCGCACCGCGUUCCAGAUUCCUGGUGAUGAUCGAAUUCGCAUUUCUCUGGAUACCGACCUGGCCCUGAUCCGCGAGGAUUCGCUCGACAGCGAGCGUCCAUGCCGCGAUCCGGCCGACUGGCACCGUGCCGACCUGGACGACGCCUGCUUGAGCUACCCGUUCAGUACCAUCAGGACUGGUGAAAUUGUUCGCUUCCCCCAUGCUUUGCUCGAGAUCAAACUGCGCGGCAAAGCCCACAACGCCGAGUGGGUAAGUGACUUGAUGGUUUCCCACUUGAUCAAGGAUGCCCCACGCUUCUCCAAGUUUGUUCAUGGUGUCGCCCAACUGUUUGAAGAUCAUGUCAACAGCUUUCCAUUUUGGCUGGGCGAGUUGGAAAAUGACAUUCAUCGCGAUCCCGAGACUGCAUUCCAUGAGGAGCAAGAACGAUUGGCCAGGAGAGCCGAAGAUGACAUGGCAGUUGGGAGUUUCCUGGGAACAGGAAGCCCCUCUAGUCGUCCGCUUGUAGGAUCCCCUUACCAGCGAUACUCGGAAGGAGGAUCACCUUCGACGGUGAGGAGGCCGUCGGGCCUCACUGAGCCCAGAGCACUGCCAUCCCGUCCCUCGAUUCCAGAGAUUCGAUCUCGAGAACCCGAAGUACUUGCGAAACCUGCUGAAGAUCCCGGAAAGCUCUCUCGUUUUACCUCGAUGCUGCCAUCAUUUGGUAGUACACGCCAUGACGGACGGGAAGCCGUCGCUCUUCCACCCGGCGUUCGCCACCCCGGCACCUGGAUCAAGGACUCAGGACCCGUUCGUGUGGAAACCAAGGUCUGGCUUGCCAACCAGCGAACAUUCAUCAAAUGGCUGCACAUCAGUAUCCUGCUGUCGAGUCUGUCAUUAGGUCUCUACAAUGCCGCCGGCAAGCACAACCGGGUAGCCCAAACAUUGGCGGUGGUGUACACCUUCUUUGCACUCUUCGCAGCGGCCUGGGGCUGGUUCAUGUAUGUGAAGCGUGCGCGGCUCAUCAGCCAACGCAGCGGCAAGGAUCUGGAUAACAUGUUUGGACCGAUCGUGGUGUGCAUUGGCUUGGCGGUGGCUUUGGUUUUGAACUUUGUCUUCAAGUACUCGUCGAUGCUGGAGCAAAAGCGAGGACAUCAUUCGCCGCUUGGAGGUCCCGUUCACUCUAACUCAUCGACUCUGUUUGAUGGCGAUUCGAGUGCCUUGCGAAGGCUGGUCAACCAGGCCGAGCAGCAGAUCCUACACUAA